AUGGUUACGAAAGAAAAAAACACUGGAGAUUACCGCACUGUGUGGUUAAAGUAUGAGCUAACGAAUUCGGAUAAACAUCAAUUGUUUUUAAAAGAACAUAAAAUACAAAAACAAGAGCCAGAAUUUCCACGAGGCCGUACCUUAUUUGUACUAAAUCUACCACCUUACGCAACUGUGUCUUCCCUGAGAGCAGCAUUUUCUAGGCACUGUGGACAUGUUAAAACCGUGAAACUCGCUGCUCGUGUAGCAAGCACCAAAAUAGGUUUUAAAACUGCUUAUGUAGUUUUUUCAAAAGAGUCGGAAUUACAACAGGCACUCUCUUUACCGAGGGAUUUUGUGAUAAUAUUAAACGAAGCUGAGGCUCCUGGUUUAUUUGGGAUAAAAAAAUGGAGUAAAGAAUAUAAUUCCGGCAUGAUAUUAAACGAAAAAGAAGUUAAGGAAUCAAUUGAAAAGUAUAUGGCUGCGUAUGAUAAAAGAGUAACGGCUGAAGAAAAUGAAGAAGAAGUAGACGAAGAUGGUUUUAUAAAAGUUUCGAGUAAAAAGAAACGUGGACAAUUUGCACCUCAAAGAAAGGAGUCGACGAUAGAAGAGAAAAAAAAGAAACUGCAAAAGGAGAAGAAAUUAGUUAACUUUUACCAAUUCCAAAUACGAGAAACUAAAAAACAACAACUGGAGGAGAUGAGAAAGAAAUUUGAAUUAGACAAACAAAAAGUCAAACAACUUAAAUCUCAAAGAAUAUUUAAACCAUUUGGAUAA